AUGCAUGAGGUAUUGGAGAUAAGCUCGGAUGAAGAAGAGGGUUUGGAGGAGAGUCUCACUGUAACUGAUCUCAACUUGAUAAGAGAGAUGUUGUUCUCUUCUGAUGAAGAGUCCGAUGACUCUGUCCAGGUUGUUGAAAUCUGUGAGAACAAGCCCGAGUUGAAGUCAAAGUCUUCAACUUUGGCCGUGGAAGAUUUGGGUGGCGAUGAUGACGUCGAUGAUGAUUGCGUGGUCCUGGAGGGUGACCCUGAGAACGGUGUCGCAUCUGUGGAAGAGGAAGCAAAUGGGUCAGAUGAGUUGCUUGUAAUUGGGGAAAAGGGUCAGACUAGAUAUGAGUUUUGUUCAAGGUUUGAUCUAUCGGUUUGUCUUGUUCAAGGUUUUAUUUAUCGGUUGUUGUAUGCUGCCACAGUUAUGGUUGUGGACUUUCCAAAAACCAUACCUGGACUUGCUGAAAUUGCAGACUCAAAGGAUUCUGACAUGUGUUUGUGUAGAUUCAAACAUGUUAAUCGUAGAUUGAAUGUUGCAUUUCAAAACAAUCAUAUCCUGUGGUUUUAUGGGGGUAGUGUUAGUGAGGGCAAACUGUAUAUUGAUAAUGCCAUUUUGUUGACGAUGGCCAAAGAUAUGAGGAAGUUGUUCGAGUUUGGGCAAUGCAUCUUGCCUAUUGCAUCUGAGAAAACACUAAAUGAAUUCAUAUUCGAGGAUAAUGACAUUAUAAUUGCUGAUCUUAUUGCAUGCCGAGACUAUCCUCAUCCAAGACAUCUUUGUGCUAAAUUUCCAUUCUCUUCCACCCCCCACGAGAAGCACUGUAGCCAGUGCCACUGUUAUGUAUGUGACUCCCCAGCUCCAUGUCUCAAAUGGGGCACCGGCGGUUUGAGUUUAGAUCAUUGUCACGCAAGUGAUAAAACUGAGCUGUGGAAAACUCAGAGAAAAAAUUUCAAGCUGGGCUUGAGUUCCCCAUUACCAGCUUCAACUAAUUUUGGUACAUCACUCAGACCAGGUCAUCUCCAGCGUAAUGAAUUUCUGCCUCCUGGUGUUAUUAACUUGUCUCCAAAUUCUGUAUUACCGAAUCAAGCAUCCAGAUCCACUGCAAUGUGUGCUAUCUCCUCAUUCAAUUCCGUACCUCAAACCCAGGCCUCUCCACCAACAAUAUCACAUUUUGCCCCUACUCCAUUACCGAAUUUCAGUGUGCUGAAUCAAGUUUCUAGGUCUACUAACACCCCUAUAAUGUCCCCAGCCACCAACAUAACAAUGCCAAAUGGUGCAAACCAUGGCAGGCUUUUGGUGAGAAGCAGGUUCCAGCCUCCAUCUGUACCAAGGUCACUGCUGGGUGUGUCUUGUCACACCAUCCAAAAGGGGCGAGGAAAUGGAGGAAGCAGUUUAAAAUCCCAGUUCCUUCGUCCUCAUAUGGUGUCCAGGGGUGUAGGCAGUGCUGGGAACAUCCUGAGGGCAAAUAACUCUCCUCAUAGAUCAUCUGGCUUCAGCAACAGUGUUAACAUGACACAACAUCACAAUUAUGGCACUUCAGCAGGAUUCUCAAAUUACGGAGGUUGCAAUGAGCCGUAUGAUGCAUGUCCCCCCACAAAUGUAUCAUUUUACUCACAGCUUAGCUCUCAACCGUCCAGCUUGAGUUGCGUUAACCAGCAGACUGUGGCUUCUGAAACACAAGCAUAUACUCAACCAUUGCUCCUCUUAAAUAGUAGCCAGGGCUUCCAUCAAACUUCUAUCCAAGUAAAUAGUGCUCCUUCAGGUUAUGUGGCACACCUGAAUAGCAGUCAGCAUGGAAAUGAGCUUCAAAUCCAAAGUCAAAAUAGAAAUGUCAGUAGAAAUAAUACUACACAAUGUGGAGUUGCAAGUCAAGAUACUUGCCAACCACAACUACAGCUGCAACCAUAUGCCAGUAGAAAUACUGCACAAUGUGGAAUUGCAAGUCAAGCUACUUGCCAACCACAACCACAUGAAGAGUCUCCAAGGGUAACUGCUGGAAAAUUUUCAGCAUUUGACUCAAGUUGGACAGACAAUACUGGUCAAAGCAUUCUACAAACUUCAGGAUCUGUAGGACAAACACCCAAUGUCAAGGAAUCCAUUGAACCCGUGUUUGAAUGCUCACAAUCACCCAGUUCAUUUACUAAUUUUGAUGACUGGCUUUUGGAUAUAGACCCGUUUCCAGUGUUAACAGAUUCGGUUUUGGAAACUGAUCUGAAUGUACCAUCUCCAGAUCUUUAUUCAGCUGAUAUGGGUUUAUUUUAUCUUGAUGGUAAUUGA